GUGAUCAUAAGCUCCUCCUCCGUCGGAAGCCGAAAGGGUUUGAAACCAUUUGAUGUGUUUCGAGACGCUGUUGUUAUCAUUUGCAACGAUCAUCGCUGAAUACGAUCAUUCUUAGCAUUGCUUGAAACGGACUGGGAGGGAUCGACCGUUUGCUUUGUGUGUACAAGUGCAGGGGGUGUUGGUAUUGCAGGCGAGGCGCGUAGGUUUGAAUACAGCUUGAAUUUGGAGGGGGAAUCAGGGAAACCUCAAUGAGUUUAAUCGACAUUUUAGCUCGGGUGGAUGUGCUGUGCAAGAAGUAUGAAAAAUAUGAUGUUGAUAAGCAGGGAGGAGCGGAUUCUGUGUCCGGACAAGAUCAGUUCGCUAAGCUGUAUGCUGUGGUUGAGGCUGACAUUGAGGCUACCCUGCAGAAAGCUGAGGCGGCCAAAAACGAGAAGAACAGAGCUGCUGUGGCCACUCUAAAUUCUGAAGUGCGGCGUAGCAAGGCUGCUCUGCGAGCUGAGCUUCCUAAGCUUCAAAAAUUAGCCGCCAAGAAGAUAAGGGACAUUACGAAAGAACAACAAGCAGCACGAUUAGACAUGGUAGAGGAACUCGCUGCAAGAAUUGACGAAAUUUCAGAUGGGGUCGUUGUAAAUCGCCAAUCUACCAUGUUGGGUGGAAAGGCUGGGAUGAGCAAGCCCAUGGAGAUCAGAGUUGAUACCAUGGAUCCCGAUGAUCUGAUGCGUCCUGAGCACUACGAGGAUACUGAGGAAUCGACCAGUUUCAGGCAAGAGUUCCAGGCAAGGAAAGCCAGGCAGGACCAAGGGCUAGAUGUGAUUGCGGAAGGUCUGUCUACUUUGAAGGAUAUUGCUGCAGAUAUUAAUGAGGAACUGGAUAAACAAGAACCUUUGAUUAACGAAGUGGACACAAAGAUUGAUAAAGCCGCAGCUGAUCUCAAGAACACAAAUGUCAAGUUGAAGGAUACCGUCACUAAGUUGAGGUCAAGUCGCAACUUUUGCAUCGAUCUCAUUUUGAUAGCUAUCAUCCUCGGCAUUGCAGGCUCCCUAUACUCUGCACUACGACCACAAUAAGUUAGGAUUAGUUAGUAUCCUUCUGGAUUUUGGUUGAAGUGAAGACCUACUUCGAAUAUCUUCUGCUCAUCUGGAAUGAAAUAUAGAUUUAUACGCAACGAUUUCCAGUCUCUCUGCUCGUUUUUUUCAGUUUAGUUGUUACGAACUCUGAAAAGACCACAUAGUUUUUUCCACAACUAUAACAUUGCUUUGGUUCAAUAUAUCCUUGACUAGUAUUAGAGUAGCUUUCUUUAUAGUUUUUCAAUUGAAAAAAAAAACAAAAAAAACAAAAAAACGAAACAAAACACUAUAGUGCAUGUAUAUGCUUCCUCCUCACACUAUGUAUGUAUGAAAGUUUCAUUUCUUUGCA